AUGUUUAUAAAAGAUGUGAAAGUGUAUGAUGCACUAAAAAAAGAGUGGAUUCAGCAUGGUGUUCAGCUGCCAUCACGGAGACAUGGAAGUGUUGCAGUGGUGGGUGAUUUGUUAUACAUUAUUGGAGGCGUAGGUGGGUUUAGGGUAAUAUUGGAUACAGCAAUAGUAUACAACUUAAAAGAAAGGACCUUUAGGAAAAUCGCAAGACUUCCAGAUGCAAUUCAAAAUCCUGCCGUUUGCUGUCAUGAAAAUCAAAUUUACAUGGCGGGUCACAAGAGCAUAUACAGAUAUGAAGAAUCAGAAAAUUCUGAACAGUGGAAACCAGUUGCUAGAGUUGAUAUCAGAGUCACCUGUAUGAUAUCACAUAAAGAAUAUAUUUACUGUACUCAAAGUUAUUUCACUGAACUGUACAGAUUUAAGCCAAAUGUUGACUCGGAAUUAAAGUUGAUGAUAUGUUUUACAAAUCUACCCUCUGGAAUGUGUAAUUUAGGUGGUCAACUUAUAGCUUUGACUGAAAAUAGUAAAGUAUUCAAACAAACUAAUAUCUUGUCAUUGGAAGAAUAUGACGACACAGAAGGCAAGUUAAGAACUUUAUGGACGGAAAUGGACACCCCCAUGAGGGUAAAUGAACCUGCUGGUUGCUGUUUGAUGAUGAUUAGUCUGCCUCCUUUAGAAAAAUCUUUGUCACAAUACCACAAGCAUUAUUUAAUGAGAUACCCUGAGGAUGUC